AUGUCCCGAGCAGCGCGCCGCGAGAGCGGGCCCCAGGCUGCGAAGGGCUCGCAGCAGGCAGUUGAGGACGGCGGUGAGACACUGCACGCCCGCCUCCAAGCAGCUUUGACCUUCGACUCCGCCGAGAGUGCUAACAAGAAGCCUGCUGUACCAGACAUCUGUCCCGUGUGCAAGUCGUCGCGUUACCUCAACCCCAACAUGCGCUUCCUCAUCAACCCGGAGUGCUACCACCAGAUGUGCGAGUCGUGCGUCGACCGCAUCUACUCCCACGGCCCCGCACCCUGCAGGAUCGUCGGCUGCGGCAAGACUCUACGCAAGAACCGCUUUCGGAAGAAGACAUUUGAGGAUAUCCAGGUUGAGCGGGAGGUGGACAUCAGGCGGCGGGUGGCUGCUGUCUUCAACCGCCGCGAAGAAGAGUUCGAAACACUGCAAGACUACAACGACUACCUCAACGACGUCGAGGACAUCACCUACGACCUCAUCCACCGCAUAAACGUCGAGCAGGCCGAGGCCAAGCUGCGGAAGUACGCCGAAGCGAACCAAGCCUCGAUCAAGGAGAACGAGGUGCUCGCCCUGCAAGAAGCGUCGGCAUGGGAAGCACAACAGGCGGCCGAGAAGGAGCAGGCCAAGCUGCGCCGCGAGGCUGCUCUGCGCGAGAACCAGCAGUUGGAGCGCGAGCGACUGGAAGGCCGCAGGGACGUCAUCAACCAGUUGGCCAGCGGCCAGGGCGACGCCACUAAGAUCGCCCAGGUCCACCUCAAGCGCGCCGGCCAGACCCGCAUCCAGCCUUCUGGCCCCCGCGUACCGGCUGGUGCGGCUGCGGCUACGCCGUCCAACGGUGCCCCCGGUGGUGAUCUCGGGGGCGGCUUCCAGAUCAAGGGUCUCAAGAAGAAGGUCGUCGAGGUGGAAAAGCCCUUCGACCCCUUUGGCGGGGAUGCCGAGAAGCGCGAGUAUGCUGUUAUCCAGGACCGGUACGCCUGGAACUGGCUAGAUGACUACUACUCGAAGCCAGUCUACGCGGCCGGCGGCUGCGAUAUCCAGGAGUACUACUCCCACGCGCUCUGUGAUGCUUUCUCGGGCUUCGGCAUCUUCGUGCAGGACGAGAUGGAGAACAAGGACAUCACGGACGCACCACCGCUGGCUACACAGGCCGCGGCUGCGGGCGCAAAAGCCGACGUGAGCAUGGAUGACAUUUUCUGA